AUGGAAGUCGCCGUGGCGUCCACCUCGCCACUUGGUCAGUACUUGACGCAGCUUGACGCCACAGCUGCUGACGAUGGCGAGGCAAGACCUCCAUGGCUGUCUGGACCUCGUGCAGUACUUAAAAAGCGAUUUAUACGAGACCAAACGAGCGGAAGAUCGAGAAAAUGGAGGCGGAUGCGAUGGAUGGAGAAUGUGAGACGCUGUGUUGAGGUUAAGGCAGUGCAGCGACUGAUUCCAGAGCUCUGUGCGUUCCACCCGACGAUCCGUGAAGAAUUGCAGCAGGCUGGGGUGUGUGACCCUGUGGUGUUUCGACCGCCGUCCAAGUCUCGUGAAGGUCGGAGGUGUUGUUCCUUUGCAGCGGUCGAAGUGCUGAGGCAUGUCCGUGUGAACACUACAAACGUAGUCUGGAGACUUUCUGUGGUGGUUUGCACGAGUGCUGCUGUGCUGGUGGCGGUGGUGACGGCGGUUGUAGGACGAGGUGAUGGGAAACUUGUGCUGCUGCAGACGAUGAAAUGGAUCGUUGCAGCCACGACUUUUUUUCUGCUGGGUAUGGAAGUGUGUGUGCGAUUACUUCACGCUUGGUAUGCGCGUUGCUCGCGACGGCUAGUGGGUUCACUGGACGCAUUCGUCGCGGGAUUGGAAAAGUUUAAUGAGGUCUACGCUGGCAGUUUGACGAUCGUGAAGCGCGCGGAGCUAGCGAGUCGCGGGUAUCGCCUCGGAACGGGUUUGCUCCCACCGAUUGGCAGAUUGGAGAGUAAUACCAUGAACACCUCGUCUCACGAUCGGUCUGGUGAGGAUGCUGCUAGCCAUUCGUUAGCAAAUCAGCUACGUUGCCUGCCGUUGCGGAGGAAACUACGAGCACUGAAUAAGCAGCUGCACGUACUGGCAUCGGUAGUGGUGGAAAAGGACGACCAAGCAAUAGCUCACCAGUGUCAAGUCUAUUCGAAGGAGGAAACGACUGGGGGCGAACAGGCCCCAUCAUUGCUGCUAACAGCGCUGUCGAAGCAGCACGACCGGGCUGUUCUGUUGCUGGAAAACGUGGUACACUCUGCCCUUGUGCGAAAUAUGACAUCUGCUUGUUUGCUGCAUCGCAAGACCGGGGUCGAUCGGAGUCUACUUUGUGCGCUAGAUUCGCUGCGGUCUGUAGUUGGGCAAUUAGUCGAAGCAUUGAGGGCGUAUGCUGACGAUCUUGAGGACUGGAACACCUCUCAAAAUCCUGUGGCACUGCUGGAAAGCGAUCCAGCUACAAAGUUUUUGGAUCGACGACGACGACAGGAGCAGGUGUUGAAUGCAUACGAUACAUGCCCGAACGGUGUCGCUUCGCCACUGUACGAGCUACGCUCAGCAAGUGAGACACUUGCAGCUCUGGUCGUCGCGGCACAACACGAGCUUCUGCCAGUGGAUUCAGCGGCAGAAAGGCUACUUGGAUCCCGUGACGCCAUGCACUCUAUGGUUCUGCAACUGCAAGAAGCAUGGAAUGAGUACAAUAGUGCGUUAAGCGCAUUGAAUGGUCGAGAAGACAAGAUUGAAAGUGUUGGUGGGAGUGCUGUGGUUGGAGAUAAGAUAGGUCAUGCGUCAACACUGGUCCCUCCAAUACCUCUCUCAUCAGCUCCAGCUCGAGAAGACCUCAACUGCACUGUCGUAUUCACCGGCACGAGUUCUGGCGACGACGAUUUCGAUUUGCAGGCUCUUUUGAAGCAGCAGGAAACGAAUGCUGUCGUGACAGCCCCAGGCUCAGUACCUAAUUUCAUCCGUGAGUUGCGGGAUGUGCUGGCGUAUCGGCAGACCCAAGCACCACCGGGACCGACGAAACAAGUUGACCACGACCCCCCUGCACUUGUAACCUCGGCACCAUAG